AAAAGAAACCCUAAUCUCUUAUCUGCCCUCUGCCCAGACUCCCAGCACUGCACGUCGCACCCCAGGCAGCCCAGCACCGCAGCACUGCAAGAGUGCAGCAGCAGCACCCCCACGCCGUCGCCGUCCCUCUCACUCCGCCGUCGCCGUCUCCGUCACCGUCCCUCUCACUCCGCCGUCGCCGUCGCCGUCCCCCUCCCUCUCACUCUCAUUCUCCCUCAGUCCCUCUCCCUCUCACGAUCUCUCCCUCAGGCAGUCAGGCCUCAGUUUCCCUCUCAGGACUAUUGCAAAUUUACUAACUUGCUUAAUCAAAUGGCGCCAUGGCAGUGAACUGGGAUUCUACAUAGAACAAGGUUGAAGUACAAGAUGACAUUUGGGAUCUGCUUAUUUAAAGUGGCACCCGUAUACAAUCAAGUUUAAGAAUGUGAGAGAGUAGAUCAUGGCAGACUUGGAAAAAUUGCUCCUAGAGGCAGCAGGAAGAACUGGUGCGGGAGGGAGGAACCAGAACUCACUUCCACCAUCUAGAAGGCGACUUCAAGGUUCAUAUUCCGAUGAUGGAAGUGAUUCUAAGGAUGAUGAUUCAGAUGAUGAUCAUGGUUAUGCAAGCAGGAAGCCCUCUGGAUCUCAAGUUCCUUUGAAAAAGAGACUGGACCCAACUGAAAGAGACAAUGAUCAGGGCAGUCAGGAAGAAGGGGAUGAUGGUUUUGCUCACGAGGGUGAAAGUGGUGAUGACUCGGAUGUUGGGAGUGAUCUAUACAAGGAUGAAGAUGACCGAGAAGAGCUCGCUCAAUUACCUGAACUUCAGAGAGAAAUGAUUUUGUCAGAACGAGCAACAAAAAGAGAUGAUAAGAAACUGCAGCAGGUGGUUAGGUCAAAGUGGGGCAAUGAGAAGAAAACACAAUCCAGAAAAGAGACACCCCCUCUUGCAUCUUCUCGUGGUGUGCGCUCAUCAGCUAGGUCUGCUGAUAGAGCAGCUGCCAAGGAUGAUGCAUUAAAUGAGUUGCGAGCAAAACGGCUGAAGCAGCAAGACCCAGAGGCUCACCGGAAACUGAGGGAUGCUGCUCGAGGAGGUUCUGCCAAGCGGGAGUUUUCUCCAAUCAAACGAAAUGCCAUUCCUGCUGCUGGUUUGAGUAGCUCCAGUCAGAGUGAGAGUGAAAGUGGGUCCCAUAGUGAAGAUGAUGAAUCAACAGGGGAUGGAGGAAUGGCUGACAGUGAUGACGAUGGGGACAUGGGCCGGCCUGAGGUGCCAACAUUUGAUGAUAUAAAGGAGAUUACAAUUCGGAGGUCAAAACUGGCAAAAUGGUUUAUGGAGCCAUUCUUUGAAGAGCUGAUUGUGGGCUGCUUCGUGAGGGUUGGAAUAGGGAAGUCAAAAGCUGGCCCUAUAUAUAGGCUGUGCAUGGUCCGGAAUGUCGACGCCACUGACCCUGAUCGGUAUUACAAGCUAGAGAACAAAACUACACAUAAGUAUCUGAACUGUGUUUGGGGCAAUGAAAGCUCUGCUGCAAGGUGGCAGAUGGCUAUGGUUUCAGACUCUGCACCACUCAAGGAGGAGUUUGACCAGUGGGUAAGGGAGGUGGAGCGUAGUGGGGGCCGGAUGCCAAGCAGACAGGAAGUGCUGGACAAAAGUGUGGCUAUACAAAAAACCAACAAUUUUGUUUACUCUGCAGCUACUGUGAAGCAGAUGCUACAGGAGAAAAAAUCAGCCUCGUCAAGGCCAUUAAAUAUUGCGGCAGAGAAAGACCGGCUGAGGAGGGAGAUGGAUGUGGCAGAAAGUAAGCAUGAUGAUGCUGAGGUUGAGAGGAUCAAGGCAAGGCUGCAGCAACUUGAGGCAUCUCGUCAAGCCCAAGAGAAAGAUGCCAAGGCUAUUAGGCUUGCUGAAAUGAACAGAAAGAACAGGGUUGAGAAUUUUAAAAAUGCAUCAGAAUUAAAACCAGUUAACACCAGUUUGAAGGCUGGGGAGGCUGGGUAUGAUCCUUUUUCGAGGAGGUGGACACGGUCAAGGAAUUACUAUGUAUCAAAGCCUGGUGGAGGGGAGGAGGCUGCUGUUGUAGCAAAUGAUGAUGCAACAGCUGCAUUGGCAUCUGUAGACAGUAAUGGUGCAGGAGUGAGGGUUACAGCUGAGGCUGGCAUGGCAGCUACAGCAGCAGCUUUAGAAGCUGCAGCUGAUGCAGGGAAACUGGUGGACACGAAUGCUCCUGUGGAUCUAGGCACAGAAUCGAAUUCUCUGCACAAUUUUGAGCUUCCAAUCUCAUUGGCUGCACUCCAGAAGUUGGGUGGUCCUCAGGGAGCCCAGGCAGGGUUCAUGGCAAGGAAGCAGAGGAUAGAAGCCACGAUAGGACGCCAGGUCCCCGAGAAUGAUGGGAGGAGACAUGUGUUGACGCUGACUGUUGGCGACUAUAAAAGACGGAGAGGACUGCUAUGAAAUCUUGUGAUUGUCGCUUUCUAGCGCCACCAUCUGUUCAUGCCUUAUCUUCGUGGGAAAGUGAAAGUUUGUUCUUGAGGUCUCUGUGUAAAUUUAUAUCAUGACCUAGACGUAUUUGAUCCCCUUCAUGAAAGUUAAAGCUUGUCCCAUUAGAUCCCCUUCAUGAAGCUUAUUUUUUGGUCAGGCCGUGUUUUUGGCUGUUGUCAUCAUGUGCCUGCUUUUCCUUGUUUUUUUUUUAUUUUUUUUUGGGGGGGGGGGGUGGUAGAGGAAUAGAAGGCUUGGGAUGGGAAAGAAAAGCUUGUGAUGCUCCUCCAAUAUCUUUAUUUAAUUUAAAAUGGGUGCAUGGUAUGGUUUAAGAGGUUCCAUCUUAAA